AAUCAACACAGAUCAUGGAGUAACAGCUGUCAUUGGCUCUAAACUGUUAACUCUAUCAAGCAAAAGAAAAUCAAAUAUCACAAAAAGGAUCAAGGCCAAACACAGAGGUGACCAACAUGACUGAUGGGAUGGGGAAUGGAGAACCACACAUCUGUGAGGACAGGGCAGCAAAACAAGUAAAGGUGAGAAUGGAGCUUGAGAAUGUUCCACUGGAAGGAGCAGUGGAGACCCUUUUUACAGAUGGAUGCUGUUACAGAUCAAAAGACCCAGGAGAAGGUAACAUUGCUUCGUAUGCAGUGGUGAAACAAGAAGGAAUGACAGGAACGCACGAGGUGAUGGAAGCAAAGAAAUUGGACCCAUCUGAGGCCUCAGCCCAGUUGGCUGAACUCAGAGCACUAAGGAGAGCUCUGGAACUGAGUAAAGGAAAAAGAGUGAAUAUCUACACAGACUCUGCAUACGCACAUGGUAUUGCACACAUAGAUGGCCCACAGUGGAUGAGGAGGGGCUAUCUGACCAGUUCAAAUGAACCCAUAAAAAACAAACAAGAAGUACAACGGUUCAUUGAAUCGAUUCAUCUACCAACAAGUGUGGCCAUUAUGAAAUGCAAAGGGCACAGUAAGGAAAAUACAAAAGUGAGGGAAGGAAAUUAUAUGGCGGAUCAAGCAGCCAAAGAAGCAGGAGGAUAUACUGCACAGCAGAUGGUACAGAGGACGGGAGAAAUGCAAGAUGAACUGGCAAUGGACACAGUCAGGCAGCUACAAGACGCCGCAGAUGUAUAUGAACAGACUGUUUGGAAUAUACAUGGAGCCAGAAGAGAUCACCAAGGAAUCUGGAGAUCACACAUGGGAAAGACAGUAGCACCCAUCAAACUGCUCAGGUCAAUGAUACGAGAAGAACAUAACAAGGCACAUGGGGGUUGGAAGAGCGUGGCUAAAGCUCUGGAAAUUGUGUGGUGGCACCCCCACAUGCAGGACAUGACAAGAGAAGUUUCAGAAAGCUGUGAGAUCUGCCAAGGAUACAAUAACAAGAUCUCAUUGGGAGCAGUAAUAGGGAGUUUCCCUAUACCUGAUGCACCUUUCCAGGACAUAUGCAUUGACUUUACUGACAUGGGACAAGACAACCGGGUGGAAGGUAAAAGAUACCUGUUGGUGAUGGUGGAUAGAUUCACCAGAUGGGUUGAGGCCAUACCAACUGCCAAAGAAGAUGCAAAAGCAGUCAUCAAGUGGCUGAGAAGAGACCUUAUCCCAAGGUUUGGAGUCCCUCGAAUGGUCCGAUCCGACAAUGGCUCCCACUUCAAGAAUGAACACCUGAAAGAGGUGGAACAAGCAUUGGGGAUCACUCACAAAUUUGGGUCAGUGUAUCACCCCCAAUCUCAGGGCCUCGUAGAGAGAGCACACCAGACUUUAUAACGAAAAAUGGCCAAAAUAAUGGCAGGGACCAAGCUAAAAUGGGUAGAUGCGCUACCUCUAGCUUUAACUUCUUCUGGCUGCAAGCCCGACGUCGGUACACUUAUGACAACAGCCAGCUCAAGUGCAGGGCGCGAAAUUCAAAAUAUAUUUUUUAGAAAUAUUUUACUUUCACACAUUAACAAGUCCAAUACAGCAAAUGAAAGGUACACAUCUUGUGAAUCCAGCCAACAUGUCCGAUUUUUAAAAUGUUUUACAGCGAAAACAGCACGUAUAUUUAUGUUAGCUCACCACCAAAUACAAAAAAGGACAGACAUUUUUCACAGCACAGGUAGCAUGCACAAAGCCAACCUAACUAACCAAGAACCAACCAAACUAACCAACAAACAACUUCAUCAGAUGACAGUCUUAUAACAUGUUAUUCAAUAAAUCUAUGUUUUGUUCGAAAAAUGUGCACAUUUCAGGUAUAAAUCAUAGUUUACAUUGCAGCUACAAUCAGAAAUUGCACCGAAAGCAGCCAUAAUAAUUACAGACACCAACGUCAAAUACCUAAUUACUCAUCAUAAAACAUUUCUGAAAAAUACAUAGUGUACAGCAAAUGAAAGACAGGCAUCUUGUGAUUCC